AUGCUUGACGCGAAGAAGAGCGCCAACGAGGCGCAUGUAGAGCAUGUAACCUCAGAGGGACAUAACCUUAGCAUUACCACCUCACGGGCCAGACAAGGUGCUAAUGUGGAACAUGCUUUGAGUCCACUUGAGGCAAUUCGGGCAUAUCCAAUGGCCAUCUUUUGGACCCUGAUGGUAUCUUUUACGAUCAUCAUGGAAGGAUAUGACACUAUUCUCAUCGGCAACUUUUACGCUUAUCCCACAUUUGCCAAGAAAUACGGACAAUUCAUUGAUGAAAAUGGCCAGCACCAACUAUCAGCUUCAUGGCAGGCUGGUCUCAGCAACUGUGCCGGCGUAGGCGCAUUCUUUGGUGUCCUACUCAACGGCCUACUUGUCGACCGAUUUGGACAAAAGAGAACCAUCCUUGCCGCACUCAUGGUCCUGUCAGCUUUCAUAUUCAUGACCUUCUUUGCUCCAAACAUCAUUGUUCUUGCCGUAGGACAGUUCCUCUGCGGUUUUCCGUGGGGUGUUUUCGCCUCAUCUGCUCCAGCAUAUGCUUCGGAGGUCCUACCGCUGAGUCUCCGUGUGUACUUGACCUCUUACACCAACAUGUGUUUCAUCAUCGGACAGCUCAUUGCGGCUGGAGUACUUGCAGGUCUUGUCCACCGUACAGAUGAAUGGGCCUACCGCAUCCCAUUUGCCAUUCAAUGGAUUUGGCCAGCCUUUCUGAUACCAACCUUGUACUUUGCCCCCGAGUCACCAUGGCACCUUGUCAGAAAGGGCAGACUGGACGAAGCUGAGGCAUCACUACGACGCUUACAACGAAGCAGCGCCAACAUCGAUGUCAAGGCAACACUCGCUACCAUUGUCCACACAAACGAGCUCGAAAAGCACCUCACGGCAGGCACAAAGUACCAAGACUGCUUCAAGGGCGUUGAGCGUCGCAGAACGGAAAUUGCAUGCAUGGCGUUUGCCGGGCAGGUCUUAUCGGGUUCCAGCUUUGCAUACAACUCGACAUACUUCUUCCAGCAAGUUGGUCUUGAUUCCGAUACAACAUAUAAGCUGAACAUCGGUGGGAAUGCACUAGCAUUGGUUGGUACCUUUGUGAACUGGAUUGCUCUGAUGCCCUUCUUUGGUCGCCGCCGCAUCUACCUAAGCGGUUUGUUCACCAUGUCCAUGGUCCUGUUCACCAUUGGCAUCUUAAACGUUUGGACCAAGAAGGACGGCUUUGGAUUGACCCAAGCCGUUCUGACGCUUGUCUGGACUUUUGUCUUUCAGCUUUCUGCGGGACAGCUUGGCUGGGCGUUGCCUGCAGAGGUUGGAUCUACCCGGCUCAGACAAAAGACCAUCUGCCUUGCUCGCAAUUCGUAUUACGUUGUUAGUGUUAUUUCCCAGGUACUUCAGCCGUACUUUAUGAACCCGGAGCAGUGGAAUCUGAAGGGGUACACGGGCUUCUUCUGGGGAUCGACCGCUUUUAUCACGUUUACCUGGGCAUUCUUUCGGCUGCCUGAAACAAAGGGACGGUCGUUUGAGGAACUUGACUGGUUGUUUGCCAAGCGCACGCCUACACGGGCAUUUGCCAAAGCUCAUGUCGAUGUGUACGAGGAUGAAGCAGCGCAAAAGGCGGCAGCUGGAAUGGACGUGCGGGUAUAA